AGGCACUGAGACAGCCAGGCAGGCAGAGAGAAAGAGACAGAGGAGAAAGAGAGUGGGAGCUGGAGGGAGGAGUCUUAUUGUGGAGCCUUACUAGGCGCCUCUACUGGGUGAGUGAUUGGGCGAGAGAGUGAGAGAGAGAGAGCGUGAGAGAGAGGGAGAGAGGGUAGGGGUACGAGUAGAGACACUGGAAAGGCAGUGAGACCGAGCGAGUGUAAGAGCGAGAGAACACGAGAGAGCUCACACUGAGAGAGUCUACACAUCAACAGGAGAGCAAAGCAAAGCUGACCACUGGCAACUCUGAAGAGUGACAUAGAGAGAAAAAGAAAAGGAGGAGAAGAAGAGAGGAAAGAAGAGUUAAAGCUAUAUCCCUGGCACAAGGGAGAUCAUUGAGGGACUGUAGCACUCAUCCAGAAGUGCACAGAAGAGCACUGUUGUGUGUGUGUGUGUGUGUGUGUGUGCCAACAUCAAUUUCACACACAAACUGUGUUUCAGAGGUUAACCUCUUCCUCUCCAGUCAUGAUCCCCUGGGUCGUUGUUUUCCUGUGGAUCUCUGGACAUGGGGUCCAGGCCAUGUUCUCCCAGCAGCCCCAGGACCUGGUGGUGGUGGCCGGCCAGCCCGUCACCCUGCCCUGCUCCAUUCCUGGCUACCAUGGUGUUGUCCUUUGGAUCAAAGAUGGCCUGGCUCUAGGCGUUGGCAGAGACCUAUCAGGCUACCCUCGUUACACAGUGAUUGGGGACCACAGUACAGGGGAACACCACCUCCGGAUCCAACGUGUGGAGCUGAUGGAUGAUGCUGUCUUUGAGUGCCAGGCAAUCCAGGCAGCCAUGAGGUCCCGCCCUGCCAGACUCACUGUGCUGGUGCCUCCUGAGGACCCAGUGAUCCGUGGUGGUCCGGUGGUGAGCCUGAGAGCAGGAGAUCCCCUAAACCUGACCUGCCACGCUGACAACGCCAAGCCAGCAGCAUCCAUCAUCUGGAUCCGCAAUGGAGAGGUCCUCAAUGGAGCCAUGUACUCCAAGGUAAGCAUCGAGACACUGCUUCGUGAUGGAAGGAGGGAGAGUACGGUUAGCACCCUCUACCUGUCUGCCUCCAACAUCGAGACAGGCCAGCAGAUCAUCUGUCGAGCGUCCAACAAGGCUGUGCCCAAUGGCAAAGAGACCAGCGUCAACAUUGACAUCCAACAUUUGCCACUUGUCAAUCUGUCAGUGGAGCCUCAGCCCAUUCUGGAAGGAAACCUUGUCAAGUUCCACUGCUCGGCCAAGGCUAACCCACCCGUCACACUGUACAGGUGGGCCAAAGGAGGCAAUGUGAUAAAGGAGGUCUCUGGGGACACAUAUGAGGUCAUUGUGGACCAUUCCUUCUUCACCGAGCCAGUCUCCUGUGAGGUCACCAACCCUCUGGGCAGCACCAACAUCAGCCGCAACGUCGACGUCUACUUUGGUCCACGCAUGUCUGCAGAGCCCCAGUCCUUACAGGUGGAUCUGGGGUCUGAUGCUGUAUUCAACUGUGCUUGGACUGGAAACCCCUCCCUCACCAUCGUCUGGAUGAAGAGGGGCUCUGGGGUGGUACUAAGCAACGAGAACAUCCUGACACUGAAGGCUGUGAGGCAGGAAGAUGCUGGGAAAUAUGUGUGCCGUGCUGUGGUUCCGCGAGUCGGCGCCGGGGAGAAGGAGGUUUCUCUCACCGUCAACGGCCCACCCACCAUCUCUAGUACCCAGACACAUCAGGCUCUCCAUGGGGAGAAGGGCGAGAUCAAGUGCUUCAUCCGGAGCACUCCACCUCCAGACCGCAUUGCCUGGUCAUGGAAGGAGACAGUGCUGGAGUCAGGGACAUCUGGCCGCUACACAGUGGAGACGGUCAGCACCGAGGAAGGGGUCAUCUCUACUCUGACCAUGAGUAACAUCGUCCCUGCAGACUUCCAGACCAUCUACAACUGCACAGCCUGGAACAGCUUUGGGUCUGACACGGAGAUCAUCCGUCUCAAGGAACAAGAGUCUCUCCCGGUGGCGGUCAUAAUCGGGGUGGCAGUUGGGGCCUUGGUGGCUUUCAUCGUCCUCAUAGGGACCAUCGGAGCUUUCUGUUGUACCCGCUCUCAGAGAAAGGAAGCGCACCUGGUAAUGCCCUCACUACCCGUCUCCAUCUGUGCUCACCAGAGAGAACUUGCAAGCAAAAUUAAGACAGAAAAUCUGAAAGGGGUGGUGUCGGCCAAGAACGACAUCCGAGUGGAGAUUGUACACAAAGACCACAACGCGGCACGGGAAAAUGAGGAGCACACCGCCAUGAAGCAACUGAUGGUGAGUGUAGAACGCGGGGAGUUCCAGCAGGAGUCAGUGCUGAAGCAGCUAGAGGUGCUGCAAGAGGAUGAGAAAGAGUACCAGCAUAUCAAGGACCCCACCAACGGAUACUACAGUGUCAACACCUUCAAGGAGCACCACUCCACCCCCACCAUCACCCUUCAAGGUAACCAGACUACAGAGAUGCGGAAUCCCACCGCUGCCACCACCGGGGGCAAGCAGCGGGUACCCACGGGCAUGUCCUUCACCAACAUCUACUCCACCCUAGGUGCCGGGCCAAACCGCCUGUAUGACUACAGCCAGCGCUUCGUGCUGGGCAUGGGCAGCAGUUCCAUCGAGCUGUGUGAGAGGGAGUUCCAGAGAGGAUCACUCAGCGACUCCAGCUCCUUCAUCGACACGCAGUGCGACAGCAGCGUCAGCAGCUACAGCAAGCAGGACGGCUACGUGCAGUUCGACAAGGACAGCAAGGCCUCCGCCUCCGCCUCCUCCUCAUCCCACUACUCCCAGUCCUCCUCCCAGAACUCAGACCUCACACGGCCCCUCCAGAAGCGCAUGCAGACCCACGUCUGACCUGACCGCCAGAGAGGGCCUGCCUGUCCUGGGGUAUCCAGCCGUGGAUUGGAACUAUGGGAAACAUACAGCUUCCUGAAAAGGGACCUACGUUUCAAAGCACAUGAUGUGUUGGUGAGAAGCCUUGAAAUCGGUGGCUUUAACUCACAUUGGACUUGUUCAGAAUUCUCUGUGUUCCAACCAGUGUUUCAACAACCUGGCAUUCCCCCCACAUCCCAUCCUAAGCUCAUCAGAAACCAACUCCUGUUGUCCAGUUCUUCAAUUAGUAAAUAAAGGCCCAUAAACCAUAAACAUACAGUCACUGUGCCACAUAGAGCUCUUUUGCCAACAUGGACACAACUCAAGUGUUAAGGUGGUUGUGGCACUGAUAGACAAUGGAAAUAGGAUCCCAUAUAAGGGAGCAAAAUAACCAAAUGCUGUGGCCGGGGGCUAGCAAGUUGUCUUUAAAACAAAGCGGGACUACUCUCACAUGGGUGGCAAAAGUCACCCAUCACUUGGUAUGUGUAAGCCAAUAUUCUGCUGCUCUGUUAUAGUUCUAAGCACAACUGUGAAUGUGUGUUAAAUGUCAAAGCUUCUCCUCUCUCUUAUACCCUUCCCCCCCAGCCUCCCCUCACACACAAUGUUAAGUUUGGCUGAUCCAACUUCAUCCCUUGUGUAGGUGGAGUAGGACUCUCAAAAUGUGUCCAGACUUGCCAAACAAUUAACCAAAGGCAGUCUUUUCCCCGGGGUUCCCGGCCCUCAGAACUCUAAAGAUAAGGAGGCCCGUGAUCUCAACCGGAAAGCCUGAGUUGUCGUUUCACAGAUUGUCACUCUGAGAUAAAGGAAUAAUAUCAGUGUACAUUACGCAUCUUUUAUUCAGCAUUCUUUAUUUUUACUCAAAUGCUUGAUUUCACUUGUUUUGAGGACUAUUUGAAAUACCAAGAGACAUUUCAGGAGACAAACUUUUACAUUCAGAAGCAGAAUGGGGUGUGUUCUAAUGUAAAGUAGGGGGCUGGUUCCUCAGUCAACCUCUCGGCACCAUGCCAGCUCAAAUGGAGGAGAGCAUAGCUGACUGACUAUAAUGUCUGCCGUACCCAUGUAAUGUGAAGUCUCCCAUACUAACUGCUUUAUAUCAUCAGCCAUGUCCACAUGAUAGGAUGCUGCCUGCGGAACCAAAUGUAAAGAUUGUGUAUCAGAGCUUUUCAUCAUGUGGCUUUCCCAAUACCAUGUUAAUACGGGAGCUCAGUCAAUCCAGACUGUAUACCUACUGUGAUCUAGCUGCUCAUCGAAGGAAAUGGAUAGGAAUAUGUGAUGUAAAUUGUUGUUUUGAUUUCUGGUAUUUUGUUCAUUUGGCUGCUGUGAGACUACUGUAUAAACACUGACUGUUUUAAGUGAGUGUAUUGUACAUGCCAGAUAUGGAAUUUCACUUUUUUCACCAUUAUCAUUGUUGUCAUUGUAUUUGAGAGAUUAGGGAAACACAGAAACAAAUCCCAUCACGGAUACAGACAAAGCACUUGUAUGGUAGAUCCACAAUGCCUCCUCUCUGCUAGCUAGCCUGCUGUGGAGGGCAACACGGUCACAUGAAACACAGGACAUGUCACAUACAGGACAAGUAGUACUACACAAGACACGACCAACCACGGUAAUGUUAAACUAGAACAGCACAUUCUAUUGGGUGCGAUAAUCAAUGUGGUGGUGUUGGUGAUAAUGACUAAAAUAUACAGUACAUCAUUUUGCCACCACGCUACAUAUCACCACGCACCAUACAGCCAGGCCUGAACUACCAUACAGUACAAGACUUACGAGUCCUCCAUUGUGGAGGUCUUAAGUGGGUGCGGCAGAUGUACAUUCAUUCUCAAACGCAGUUCUUGGAGUGUCAGUUAGUUACAUUAUAUUACUCGUCUGCAAUUUACCUUCGCAACUACAUCAAAUGUUACAUCAUCAGUUAGUCUUCAAAAGCCUAUAAAACCUGUUUGCCUGUGGGUGGCUUCUAGGUCUGGACAGACAGACCCUGCUUUCUAACAUCAGUUUUUUUUAUUUUUUUUUAUUUUUUUUUAUCCCAUUUUCUCCCCAAUUUUUCGUGGUAUCCAAUCGCUAGUAAUUACUACCCUGUCUCAUCGCUACAACUCCCGUACGGGCACGGGAGAGACGAAGGUCGAAAGCCAUGCGUCCUCCGAAGCACAACCCAACCAGCCGUACUGCUUCUUAACACAGCGCGCCUCCAACCCGGAAGCCAGCCGCACCAAUGUGUCGGAGGAAACACCGUGUACCUGGCCCCCCUUGGUUGGCGCGCACUGCGCCCGGCCCGCCACAGGAGUCGCUGGAGCGCGAUGAGACAAGGAUAUCCCUACCGGCCAAACCCUCCCUACCCCGGACGACGCUAUGCCAAUUGUGCGUCGCCCCAUGGACCUCCCGGUCGCGGCCGGCUGCGACAGAGCCUGGGCGCGAACCCAGAGACUCUGGUGGCCCAGUUAGCACUGCGAUGCAGUGCCCUAGACCACUGCGCCACCCGGGAGGCCCUUUCUAACAUCAGUUUGAUCGGUAUUAGAUAAAGCAUUAGAGAAGGGUAAAAUGUUGCCUAAUGCCAGAAAAACAAUGUUCCAGUUUUACCGCAAUACAGUGGACACCGAGUUGCAAUGUAAUGUAAUUUCCUGUUUUUCAAAUCUAAAACAGUCCUCUCGUAUCUCAUCAUUUUGCAUUAGUCUUCCACUGCGGGACUACUCGGCCAAUGGAAUAGAUAUCAAAUGUAUUAACUAGUCCUUCACUUGUGUUGUCUUGCUGAAAAUGUUAAAUCCUUUGUAAGAGUUAGACUGUACCUUCGACAAAUGAGAAAGUUGUUGCUGUAAUCACUUUACAUGUGAUUAUAUUCAAGGCAUUUCAAUGGGCUUUUCUACAUGAGUGGUGGUGGUUUGACUCUAAUUUUACAAAUGGAUUGGCGCCCAUUGUGCGGCUUAAACACAAAAAGGUCUGUUUCAAUGCUGAUAGUCCAGCUUGCCGCUUAGAACAUUGUAUAUAAAUCUCAAAUGCUCUCUGUAUAUAAUUUUGCUGUAAUUUCUUUUCUCAGUCAGUUUUCAGUAUAUUAGGGCAAAUCAAAUCCCUAUGCCAUCAAUAUUGUACAGACAGACAAUCAAUUAUCUGUCCCUUUUUUUCUCUCUCAACAUUCAUUGACAUCUCCAACCAAGCUUGUCUUUGCAAACAAGUGAUUUGUGUGAGCAGUUUUUAAUCUCUUUGUGGCAGUCUCUCUCACACAGUCACACGGUCAAAGCAGUUUGGCUCUAGGGUUUGGCACGGGAACUGUUCAUGGGGUGAGAUAGGAGCUAGUAUGUCCCUAGAGAAAAGAGACUCUCUUCCACGUGCUUCAGUUCCCAGAUACAGCAUUGUCUUACUGAUGGGUUAGAAUAAUACCAACUGACUCGGGCCGCAGUGCAGCAACUCCAAACACGCAAUGUGUUUUAGAUUUUAUAACAUCUCUCUUUGUGUGACCAGCAAACUGGAUGGAUUAAUAAUUUAAAUGCCACUCUACCAACUAGGGUUGAAUAUCUUCCCGGUAUUUUACAUAUGUUCCAUCCCGAGAAUAAAUCACUUUUCUCCCGGGUAACCCAGUAUUUCCCGCCAAAGUCGGAAGUGUCAUUCAAAAGCAUUAUAAAUCAUAUAAAUAGGCCUAUGUCUGGAUUUGACUAGAGCUUUGAUCAAAAAUUCAAGCCUGAUGCUACCUGAGCCUGAUGAGCCAUACAUUAAAUACAUUUAAUGAGCCCAAGGCCAAAAAAAGUCUAAAUGAUUGUGCCGAUAUCCAAUACAUAGAGUACAUGAUACGCACGACAGCAAAAAAUAAAAGCCAAUAGAUGUAGCUAGCUAUAUGCUCUCUUGGGUAAAUAAAUUAAACUUGCUCUAGUAGGUUAAUCUUUUUGAGUGUGAACUGUAUUACUGUACUGUAUUAUAUUAUACUGUGUUAUAUGGACUAGAAUUAUGUACAUCAUUCAAAUCAUGAUAAAGCAGGGAGGGAAAAUGUGAUUCUGGUGCAGCACAUACGGACUACAAAGUUACAAGUAUAGGCUAGAAUCUGAUUAUAAUUUUGAAAUAUAAUAGGACCUAUUUGUAUAAUUAGUAGGCCGACGCUUAUAUACCUUUCAUAAUAUUUCCCAUAAUGUUAGUAGACUACCUCCUCUUCCUCUCUCUAUUGUUGGUUUAUUUCUUCCUCGCGUUGAACAGAUAGCCUAAAUGAAAUAACUUUUGUUGUCCUUAUUGUCAUCAUUCUAAUGACACCCUUAAAUAAUAUAGGACAAAAAUAUGAUGCAGAAGGCUUUCACUUCUCUUCACAAAGAUUGAAUGGUUAGCCUAUGGGCCUAAAUAAAUAACUGCUAUAGCCUACCAUCAUCGUGCGUUUGCUCUUCUUUCAAACUUCCCGUAAGUUAUAUUGGCUGCUGUAUUUAACAUUCAUCAAGCAAGAGCUCACAUCCCUCUUCGAAUAGUUUAUUGGUAUAAGAAAUGCUAAAAACUAUUUUGUCCAGCAAGCUAUUCUAGUCUUGCUUUGCCUGCAUGGGACUCCAAGAGCUAAGGAGAGUUGUUUAAGGAGAGGCCAGCAGAGCACAGGUAUGUCCGUAUUGCGCAAGACACAGAGGCUAUAAGUUAGAAGCUUUUUAUGCAUAACCCAUCAUUAACUAGCUAAAUAUAAGGGUUAUGAUGUAUAUAAUUUAUAACCUGAAAGAGGUAGGCUAAGAUAUCUCUCUCUAUAUAUAUGGGGUGGCAGGUAGCCUAGUGGUUAGAGCGUUGGACCAGUAACCGAAAGGUUGCAAGAUCCCGAGCUGACAAAGUAAAAAUCUAUCAUUCUGCCUCUGAACAAGGCAGUUAACCCACUGUUCCUAGGCCGUCAUUGAAAACAAGAAUUUGUUUUUAACUGACUUGCCUAGUUAAAUAAAGGUUAAAAAAAUAUCAAUCUAGAACAGGAUUAUCUAUAUUGAAUGGAACUAAUGGAGAGAGAGAAAGACUGCUGAUAUUCGAGUGAUAGGCUGUUAUAAAAACGCAGCUGCAAUUUAAAAAAUAUAUUCUUUUACAAUAAAAAAAAUAAGAUGAGCCAGAAAGCCAGAUGGAAAUUGGUAAAUUAGAUGCGCAUUCAGUCGGUUUAUUAUUGUAGGUUAGACUAUGCUGCAGCAAAUGUAGGCCUACCUGUCACAACAACAAAAAGUUACUAUGAUGAGAUGAUAGGUCUACAUGCAUUGUGAACUGUUCUCCAUACUGAGAUGGACUGUCUGUCCCCACCCUGAGGGCUGAUGAUUCAUGCAGAGGCCGUAGAGAAGCCACAUUUAGACAUUGCAUAUAAUUUAACACUUCCAUUUAACGCCAUGCUGUUCAUAUAAAUAAUGUAUUAUAAUUUGCCGGUUUCUUGCAGUUAUUUAUCCAGGGAAAAGGGAGUGAUAACCGGGUUCCCUCCAUUCUACCCUACUACCAACCCCCAACUUCCAACUCGCUACCGUGGGAGUCUGUGUAUCACCUGUGCCAUGCUCAUCACAUGCACUGCAGUGGGAAUCAAAGCCCAUGUGUGUACGCAUACACCAGUCUGCAUGUUUGACCUGAGGACGGGUGUUUGUUUGGCACCAGCUGGUGCUUGCCAUGCUGUAGAAAUAUGCCUUGGCCAAACAAAUGAAUAAAUAACCCUACAACGAUAACAUGGGGUUGCUGCACUUCCCUGAUAAAACACAAUGUCCAUUUGCCAGGGUCAAUGAGCCAGGGAGGUAAAUCCUCUAUUUUUCAGUGGUGUUGAUGACCAUUGUUUGGUCCACAAUUUCCCCAUCCCACAAGGCUGUUUCUGAGGUAGAGGAGAGAGGGGUGAGCUAGUCUCAGAUUGGUGGAUAGUUCUCUUUGAAAUUAUUUCUGUGGCUAUAUUGCAUCAGUGACCUUUGCUUGGUCUGAAUUAAAUAUUAUAAAAAAUCUAUGAAGAAAUAUAUCAUGCCUAACACUGACACUGUCAUAAUGUAGUUCUGCCUGAAAAUGGUGGUUUAUGGUUAUGUAUAGUUUCUCGCAACGAAUGAUGUCUUUACCAACACUAAGAGAGCGUGCACAUGAGAAGAUGCCAACCAAACUGGAAAAACUGACAGUCAAUCGCUACACUUACAGUGUAAAUGCCACAACACUCUCCAUUUUCUUUUCUACCUAUCAAUAUCUUGUUAGUCUUUCAAUAACAUGCUACAAAAAGCUAUUGACAUGGAAGUUUUAAAAGUCAAUGUACAAAGUGAAUCAUCAACGUAUAUACUGUAAUGUAAAGAGAAAGUGAUCAUUGUACUGGGUAAACCACUAUUUUCAAGCAGUGGCCCUCUGUAUUUAAAACAAAUUAAAAAAUAUGAAAAAAAUGUAUUUUACCUGUACUGGUCUGUGAAUCUAUGAUGCUUUUGCUCUGUGUAUUUGGGGAAUAAAAAAAUGUUAUAAUAAAAAAUAUAAAACUGUC